GUCCACAAACACGGGCACACAACUUAAACAGAGCUGGGUUGGCUGAGAGGGGGAGAAAAGGGAGACGUGGUUAAGAAGGACGUAUAGAGCUUUUGUUGGAUGAUUUUUGAGGAAACCUGAAAACUUCGAGAUUUUUCUGGUUAUAGUUUACAAAGAAGUCUAUUUCUGUUGGAAUAAUAACUUUAUAUGAUCAUCAUGGAUGGAGAAACACCCACCCAGGAUACAGAAGUGGUCUCUCAGUCAGACACCAACAAAAACCAGGAACAUGAGCAAGGCUUGGUGGAAAGUAAAAACUGGAAAGAGACAGCAGAAGGUCAGAGGAUAGUGGACGGUGGAGAGAAGGGUGGGGCAGAAACUGUACCAGAUAAGAGUGAAGGUGAUGAUCCAGAUAAACCUCAGACCAUCUCACAGCCUGCUGACUGUGACACUGAGCAGGAAGGAGAAGAUAAAAACAAAACAUCAGCUGCUGCUAAUGAGAAAGAAAGUGAGAUUUCAAGAGAAGAAAAAGAUGUGAAGGAGAGUGAGAAAGAGGAGGAAGGCAAGGAAGGUGGCCAGGUGAAAGGGAGCCAUGAAAGUGAAGGAGAAGCAGGGGGGAUGGACACAAAGGAUAAUGAAUCUGAUAGAAAAGAAAAAAUUGAAGUAGAAAAUGCUGAAAACAAAGAGGCAAAAGAAACAGAGGAGAAAAAACAUGCAAAGCAAGCAGAUCAAGGAAAGACAAAAGAGACAGAUAAACAAAUGAAGCCUAAAAGGAAAAGUGUCCCCAAUGGCUCCUCCGUCCCCCGACCUAGACCGUCUGCACGCUCCAUUAGAGCCUCUUCAAAAAAUGACAUCAUAGCCAAGUUCCAACAGGGUGCACCAGAGACACCAAUACCUCGUAAUUUCAAAAUUCAGAGGUCAUCUGCUGCCAUGGCGACAGGAGCCUCCAUCAAACAGAAGAUUCUCCAGUGGUGCCACAGCAAGACACGCAACUAUGAGAAUGUUAACAUUGAGAACUUUUCAUCAUCCUGGAGCAAUGGGCUGGCAUUCUGCGCUCUGAUCCAUCGAUUCUUUCCAGAUGCUUUUGACUACAGCUCACUGAAACCAGAAGAGAGGAAGAAAAACUUCACCCUGGCUUUCCAAACAGCAGAGUCCCUGGCUGACUGCUGCCUUCUGCUGGAGGUUUCUGACAUGAUGAUGAUGGGCAACAAUCCUGACCCAAUGUGUGUGUUCACAUACGUGCAGUCCCUCUGCCACAGCCUCUCUAAAAUAGAGAAACAGAGGAAGGACAAAGAGCAGGAGGAGAAAGAGAAAGCUGGGAACAAGGGGGAAGAGAAUGAGGAAAGAAAUGAAGCUGUGGAAGAGGCAUCCAGUACUGGCAGUGAGAAGAACCAGGAGGAGAAACAAGAAGAUGGUGAAGAAGCGAAGGGCAGUGGAGAGGAGGAAGAUGCUCCAAAGAGCUGCAAGAUGGAGGAGGCUGGGGGAGCGUUAGUCGAGACACAAUCAUAGAAACAAACAGAAACACAUAAAAACUGAAUAGAGUCAAGAUUGUUGGUGUAAGUCUUAGUUCACAGUAUGAAGUAUGCAGUGCUGUGGGGCAUAUUGAGUUUGUAUUUCACUCAUUACUGGGUUUUUGUUGGUUUAUUUGUGUGCGUUACCCAGAAAUAUUCUGAUUUCCUAACAAGUGUGUGUUUAUACAAACAAUAAAAAAUUUUGUGAAAAACA